AUGAACACCACAACAAUGAAUAGAACAACCCUGUUCCUCAUAAUAUGCAAUGAAUUCUGCGAGCGGUUCUGCUUCUACGGUCUGAAGUCCCUUCUCUUUUCUUUUGCAAAAACAGAGUACAACUUCUCCAUAAAGGCCUCGACCAUGAUCCUCCAUUUCUUCAUUUCCAUGAGCUAUCUGUUCACUCUUCUUGGAGCACUUCUUGCAGACAGGUUCUUGGGACGAUACAACACUAUCCUGGUGCUUAGUCCUCUAUACCUUACAGGAACUUCCAUCCUCACUUACUGCUCCGUUGUCUCGGGGUCCCCUUGGGUCCUGAUGGCAAGCCUGGCCAUGGUGGCUGUUGGCACAGGGGGGAUCAAACCCUGUAUUGCUACAUUUGGUGGAGACCAGUUUGGUCCCAACGAAGCGGAAGGCCUGAGAAAGUUCUUUGACAUCUUUUACUUUGUUAUAAACAUUGGCAGCAUGGUCUCCAUGAUGCUCGUCCCUGCCAUGUCAAACGUCGCUUGCCUUGGGAAGCUGUCUUGCUAUCCUCUGGCAUUUGGAAUGUCGAGUGCAUUGCUUGGAGCCUCCAUAUUUUUAUUUGUUGCUGGAGAAAAGCUUUACGUCAUCAAGCCAGCAAGAAAAGAACAAUUUUCAAAUGAGUUUCGUUUCUUGGUGGAGAACUUGAAGAGCUUAUUCCAAAAAAGGCCUGAAAGCUGCGAGGAGCAAACUCAGGAAAGUGGGAAGACAGCUGCAGAGGCCGUCUCCGCAUCACAUUCGCAAGAUACAAAAAAAAGGAUUUGGAAGAUACUCAAGAUCUUGGGGCCGGCAAUGUUCUUCUGGACACUUAGCGAUCAGCAGUCCUCCUCAUGGGUGGAACAGGGCCAGAAGAUGGGUAUACGCCAAAGCAUAUUUGGCUAUGGAGUAGAUAUCCUUCCCUCCCAGAUGCAGGCCCUCAAUCCUAUAUUUAUUCUUUUCUUCAUACCUAUAUUUUCAGGAUUUGUCUAUCCGCUGCUUGGAUGGCUUGGAGUCUUCUCCUCUCGAGAAGACAAGAUGGGGCUUGGGAUUGUAUUUGGAUCUCUUGCCUUCUUCUAUUCUGGAUAUCUGGAGCAUCGGAUAGUUCAGCUUGUAUCUUCGGAAGAGAAGCUGUCGAUCCUAUGGCAAGUACCUCAAUAUGCCAUAAUGACGGUUGGAGAAAUAAUGUUGAAUGUGACUGGAAUGGAGUACAUGUAUGUCGAGGCUCCAGAGACAAUGAAGUCUCUAGCCCUAUCCAUGUGGCUCUUGGCUGUGGCUGUAGGAAACCUCCUAAUUAUGGCACUGACAUUUCUAGACCCAAUCUCUCUGCUUUCCUCUCAUCGCCAUGACAUGUGGAGCUUUGCAAUGUACGGAGCCCUAGGACUUGUAGCGUCCAGUUAUAUGUUCAAGACUUCAAGAUCAAACCGCAACUCCAAAGGAUAG